GGCUUCCCAUUCCAGGCGCAGGGGCACAACAUGGCGGAUUAGGAGGCGACUGACGCGCCCGGUUACAACGAACAAAUCGUGGGAUACUGAUUCCCUGCGUCCUGAAGAGGCCAGGAAUAUACACUUUUCGGAUAUGAGGAUCUAGGCGAAAACAAACGUACGCAUUUAAGGCUUCCUGACGCAUGCAUUUUGGAUACCAGUAAACGCAUACGUUCCGUUGCCCCGCUCCAAAUUGGCUGUCCGUCCGUCCGUCCGUCCGUCCGUCCGAGAUCAUUCCAAUCACCCAGGCCCCCUACCCCGAUCACACUCGGUUCCUGGGGUGUGGAGACAGGGGCCGGGGAAGUGGAAAACAGUCGCACUUUAUCUGGAACAUCAAGCUCCAUAUUGCGGGACGGAGGUGUAAAGGAGAUCGUUGUGCGAAUGAGUGAGUGAUGCGGGUUUCGUUUCUGCAGGGCAGUAUGGGUGUCUAUCCUCUGCUCCUGCUGCAAGUGGCCUUUGUGGCCCUCAGGAUGGCCCAGGCGCUCCCUGACCUUUCAGUCCUGACCAACAAACCUACAGACCCUCCUCCCACGUCACCCUCUGUCAUAGUCGCCCAGGAGCCCCCAUCAAUCAUCCCAGCUGUGACACCGUCCCCUGAACUUGUUGCAACAACAAGCAUCAAUAACACUGAGGGCACAGUAGAUGUUCCCACAGCCCCGCCUGUCAUUCCUCCUCCAACUUUGCCCAGCCCAACCGAUGCACCACCUGACCCUUCAACCCCAUCUGCCAUGUCCCCUUCCCUCAGCACCACCAAAACUGGGGAUCGGGAGACUACACUUUUAACUACAGCCGAGACCACAACUUCAACCGCUCUCUCUUCCACUGAGGCAUCUACAGAGCCUGAGACAGACACUCUGUUUGCCCCUACACAUGCCUCCACAGCUGAUGUCAGCAAACCUCCAGACGAUGAGGGACAAGAUGACACUGCAAUCAUAGCCGUGAUGGUUGCCCUGUCCUCUCUCCUGGUGAUUGUCUUCAUCAUCAUCGUCCUGUACAUGCUCAGGUUUAAGAAGUACAAGCAGGCAGGGAGCCACUCCAAUUCCUUCCGCCUGACCAAUGGCAGAGCUGACGACACAGAACUUCAGAGUGUGCCACUAUUGGCUCGCUCCCCUAGUACCAACAGGAAGUACCCACCCCUUCCUGUCGACAAACUGGAGGAGGAAAUGAACCGUCGAAUGGCAGAUGACAAUAAAUUAUUCAGGGAAGAAUUUAACGCGUUGCCUGUGUGUCCCAUUCAAGCCUCAUGUGAUGCUGCCUCGAAGGAGGAGAACAAGGAGAAGAACAGAUAUGUCAACAUCCUGCCGUAUGAUCAUUCCAGGGUGCAUUUGACUUCUUUGGAGGGCGUUCCUGAUUCAGACUAUAUCAACGCAUCCUACAUAAAUGGAUACCAAGAAAAGAACAAAUUCAUUGCGGCACAAGGGCCAAAGGAGGAGACAGUCAAUGACUUCUGGAGGAUGAUCUGGGAACAGAACACUGCCACCAUUGUCAUGGUAACCAACCUGAAAGAGAGGAAAGAGUGUAAAUGUGCUCAGUACUGGCCAGACCAGGGCUGCUGGACUUACGGAAAUAUCCGGGUUUCAGUGGAAGACAUGAUGGUCCUGGUGGACUACACCAUCCGCAAGUUCUGCAUUCAGCAGGUGGGUGAUGUUUCUGGUAAGAAGCCUCAAAGGCUGGUCACACAGUUUCACUUUACCAGCUGGCCGGAUUUCGGAGUUCCUUUCACUCCCAUCGGCAUGCUGAAGUUCCUCAAGAAGGUCAAGACCUGCAACCCACAAUUUGCAGGACCCAUAGUGGUCCACUGCAGUGCUGGUGUGGGCAGAACGGGGACCUUCAUUGUGAUAGACGCUAUGCUGGACAUGAUGGGGGCAGAGAGGAAAGUCGAUGUCUUUGGGUUUGUCACACGGAUCAGAGCUCAGCGCUGUCAGAUGGUCCAAACCGAUAUGCAGUAUGUGUUCAUAUUCCAAGCCUUGCUUGAGCACUACCUGUAUGGGGACACAGAGUUGGAAGUGACAUCUUUGGAGUCUCACCUGGCUAAACUUUAUGCUCCUUUACCUGGGGCUGGCUGUGGCGGCUUGGAAGCUGAGUUUAAGAAACUUACCUCCAUAAAAAUCCAGAAUGACAAGAUGAGAACAGGGAACCUGCCUGCCAACAUGAAAAAGAAUCGUGUUUUGCAAAUCAUUCCAUAUGAGUUUAACAGAGUGAUCAUCCCUGUAAAACGAGGGGAGGAGAACACCGACUACAUCAACGCCUCUUUUAUUGAUGGCUACAGGCAAAAGGACUCGUACAUGGCGUGUCAGGGGCCCCUGCAGCACACCACAGAGGACUUCUGGAGGAUGAUUUGGGAGUGGAGGAGCUGCUCUAUUGUUAUGUUGACUGAGCUGGAGGAGAGAGGACAGGAGAAGUGUGCUCCAUACUGGCCUAGUGAUGGUGUGAUGGCUUGUGGGGACAUGUCCAUUGAAUUGAAGAGAGAGGAGGAAUGUGAUAGCUACACUGUUAGGGACCUUCUCGUCACCAAUAACAGAGAAAAUAAGUCUCGUGCUGUGAGGCAGUUUCAUUUCCAUGGCUGGCCAGAGGUGGGCAUCCCCACAGAUGGCAAGGGCAUGAUCAACAUCAUUGCUGCAGUUCAGAAACAGCAGCAGCAGUCUGGAAACCACCCAAUCACUGUGCACUGCAGCGCCGGCGCCGGGCGUACAGGGACUUUCUGUGCUCUGAGCACGGUUCUGGAGCGGGUGAAGGCAGAGGGCAUUCUGGAUGUUUUUCAGACAGUGAAAAGUCUAAGACUACAGAGGCCACACAUGGUGCAGACACUGGAGCAGUACGAGUUCUGCUACAAAGUGGUCCAGGAAUAUAUCGAUGCCUUUUCUGACUAUGCCAACUUUAAAUAAAGCCACACCCACCCGGAAGAGGAUUGGACGGACUCUCCCUGUCUCACACAAGGACAUGUACUCACAUCUACUCUCACACAAACAUCACAAAAGUACUCGACUGGGGAAAGAAACAGACUGCCAGUGCAAAGCAAAAGGGAAUGGAAAUCCAUUGACCGACAAGGACGAGAAGAUUUAAAACAAUCAUUGGUGCCGAAGAUGGUGAAAAACAAAAACAAAGAAAACACCAUUAGAGAUGCCUUGUUGAAUAUUUUGUAAUAUUGCUCUUGUUAAUAUGGCCCUUACCCGUUUCUCUCAGUGUAAAUAUGCUCUUGUAAUUUUUUUGCUUUUUUGUUUUGUUUUUUGUUUUUAGAAGCCGUUCUGUUGCAGUUUUAGAGUGACCUUUUUUAAUAUAGUUUACUAUGAAUACAUACAUAAAUAUUUAGAGACGCCGCUAAAGAGACGCAAAAGAGAGGUUGCCCGUGGCAAGAUGAGGGUGCUUUUUCACUGGUGUUUUUACAAGAAAUUAUUUCCACCUUUUUGGGCAGUUGAGUGACUGAAACUUAUUUGAAUGGCAGCUCAAUCCUACUUUGCUGUUGCCUGUAGCUAUGUAGCUAGUGAUGCAGCCCUGCUGACAACAAAAACAGCUUAAACCAGCCUAAGAUAGUAUGAUGGUUUUAGCUGGUCUCCCAGCAUGAUCAAACUGGUUUUAGAGGGGUUUUAGGCACUAGACCAGUUUGGUCAGGCUGGGAGACCAGAUAAAACCAGCAAGCCAGCUUUAGUUUGUUUUUUAUUGUUUUUUCAGCAUGAGCAGAAUCGACCAAUUGUGAUGCUACACAACAGUGACAGAAAACGCAUACACGAGCACUCGCGUCCACAGAAAUGCAUUAAUAGAGACACAUGCUGUUGUUUUACUUCACGGACAUUUCGAUUGGUGGAUUGGAUUAUGUCAUCUCUCAAUGCUAUCGUCUCACCCUCAGCGAGAUCCUGUGACCGAUAUGGUGUCUAUUUUCACAGGGUUUUUUUUUCUAGUCAGCAUCCUUUAGAAAACACCAUAAACAUCCUUUUGAAGAUGUUCUGACUGAGACUUGUGUAUUGUGAAGUGUGUAUUUGUGGUAUCCAUUCCAUUACACUGGUGCUUUAUGUGUCAGACCCAACUUACCCAGGCUUAUGUCAUUGUCACUAUGUCACUACCCCUUUAAAGAGAAAAGAAGUCUUGAGUGUUUAGAUUUUGAGGAUACAUGAUCUUGGAGGAAAUAUAGUUUGUCCUCGCAUACUCCUGUGUACGUUUUAGUGCUUUUUGCACUCUUUCCCCUUUGUACUCUCUAAGAUGUGAUCUGUUUCUGCUCAUAAGGGUUUGCUUCACUUUGAAGUGUUCAUUUUUUUCUGUCUUUCUUUUCUAGAUCACUCUAAAUGGCACCUUUUGUAUUUGCGAUUGUAACUAAGGAAAUGACAUAUUUUUCUUGCCCAGAUGUCUGUUGAUUAAGCUAAAAGGUAUAAAGCUGAUUGAUUGUAAUUGGUAAAAAUGCUUGAAUUAUUUUCCAGCCAGUGUGAUUGAUUGGAUAGAACUGAUUGCAGUGUGGCUAACUAAUGUUACAGUUCCCACCUGGCUUAGGUUAUCGAAUGAUUUGUAAAGGUUAAGCCCUUGAUCCACACUGCCUUGUCUGAGGAAAUGUGUGUUUUAUGAAAUGUAUGUUAUAGAUCAUAAAUGUAUGUAAACCUAAUGGGUGUCAAUAUAAAUCAAAUAGUCACCUAUCAGUCAUUCCAGAUUAACAGGGAACUUGAUGGAUCUUGUACAUUUUUUAAAGUCGUUUUUAUGUUAUUUCAAAACCAUGAUUUAAUGGAUUAAAAAGAAAAGGGCAUGUUACAGCAAAGGUGCAAUGUUGGUCCAUCUACAGGCUUUUAUGAGUUCAUCUUAAAAUAUAUUCCAAGAAAUGCUGACGAAUUUGCUUAAAAGUUGCGUGUGCCAGUGUUUGCUUUAUAGGUUUUGUGUUUUACCAUUGUGAUGUACUUAACGCCACACUAACCCCUUCUUAAUGAGUCACUGUGCCAAUACCAGCCUCUCUGAGGCUGGAUCCUCCUUCAGAAGUGCGGCUGGGAAAAUGCCUUGAUAUGUUUGUGUAGAUUGAAGCAUGUUCCCAACCGUUCUUUUGUAGCCCGUGUUCUCUCAAUCCCAACCUGACUCACUCAUAAUAUAUACUUGGGAAACAUUGUGGCCGAUUCACGUAUCGUGUCCAGUAUGGUAUUUGAUUAAUUUAAUUGAACCCAAAUGAUAAGUGGUUCAUUGCUUCCUAACCAGGUUUUGGUUCCAUGUUGGUAGUGUGUGAGGUUGUCAAGCAAUUUUUAUAUUUUUCACCAAUUUCCACUAUUUCUUUGAUUACAUUCCAUGUAAUCUCUUGAACCCACAAUUAUGUCUACUGGAAGAAGUCUUCAGGUCAGUCCUCCAAACUGAAGGGUAAUUUCACCCCAAAAUAAAAAAUUCUGUCAUUGCCAUGUCAAAUCCAUUUUACUUACUUCUGUGGAACAGAAUUUAAGUUUAGCAGAAUGUUUUUUGCUGCUCUUUUCCAUACAAUGGAAGUGGGUGUGAACAGGGGCUGUCAAGCUGCAAGUAAGCCAAAAAUGCACCGUAAAAUCAUCAUAAAAGUAAUCAUAAAUGUCAUUGUCAAACCUCACAAAAUGUCUUGGCACCUCAAAUUUAAAUAUGCAUUCAUGAAUUAGAUUUGAUAGCUAUAGCAGAGGGACAUUUUUCAGUGAGUAAUGACAUCAAUUUCUGUCAAUUCCUCACAAAGCUAUUGUAUGGCUUCUGAAGACUUGAAAUACAGAACACAAGUCUUAAGGACUACUUUUAUGGUGCUCUUUUUUUUUGGUCAUUUUUGGAGCUUGACAGCCAUGGUCACCAUGCACUUUUAUUUUACAGAAAAGAGCAGUGUCAACAUUCUUCGAAACAAUCGCUUUGCAUCAAAAUAUGUUUUGGAUGAGCAUGAGGGUGAAUAAAUGAUGACAGAAUUUAAUUGUUGGGUGCACUAUUUCUUUAAUCUACAGAGAGUGAGAAGUAACCCUUCUCUGAUUAAGAAUGGAAGCCAUGUGCGUGGAGGCCCCUGUUGAAUGUCAUGCCCUGCUCAAUGAAAGAUAGCUUAAGAUACGACCUGUUCUAAUAAGAAUGAAAAAAUUAUGAAAAAAGAUUUGUUUUUUGAUGGGAAUAUUUCUUCUGUCCCCUGAUCUCCAAACACCAAGUUUUUAGUAUUCUCUCUCUUUGAUUGGAUUAUUUCUAAAUUUUAUACACCUUUGGAGCACCUGUUUAUGUUCCAUAAGUCCUUAAAACUUUCCUCUCUUUUGAGGCCCCUUUCCAGUUUUUCUUUCCUUUACAUGCAUCCUUCUGUACAUAAUGUAAGGUUAUUUAUAUUUCAUUCCUAUCUGUUGCCUUUCUUAUUUUUUUCCUUCUCUUUCUCUUUUUUUUUUUUUUAAGAUACUUUUAUAUUAAACUGUACUGGGACCAUUUUGAAAUGUAUUAAAUGUUUUUGUUCCGUUUUUAAUUCUGUAUUAUUCUGUCUUAAUUUGCAUCUGUUUUUCUAGUGUUUUAUUAAAAUUGGAAUAUAUAUGUAUAUAUAAUUAUAUAUAUGAUGCAAAUGAUAUAUAAUUAUAUAAUGCCAAACGGCCUUUCUAAGCAAAAAACUGUUCAAACCUAAUAAAAGUGCUUGAGAUUUUA